AUGGAUAAGUAUUUAAUGAGCCCAAGUUUUUUAUGUAAUGACCAAAGAGAAUACUCUCAAGACUAUUUUCAAGGUUGUUUUUCAAAUUUCCAUAAUAAUAAUAAUAAUAAUAAUAAUAAUAAUAAUAAUAAUAAUAAUAAUAAUAAUAAUAAAAACAAUAAUAAUAAUAAUAAUAAUAAUAAUAAUAAUACAUAUUACCAAAAAGAGAUAAAAAAUCAAAACAAUUAUUAUAAUAAAAAUUUAAAUGAAUCAUAUCAAAAUCAUCAACAACAAUUUAUUUAUAAUUAUAAUAAUAAUAAUAACAAUAAUAAUGGCAAUUUUGAUGACUAUUCACAAAAUGAAAAAUCAAACAACCAAUUUAUAUUAAUUGAUGAAUCAUUAAUUGAAGCAUGUAAAGAUGCUAUUAAAACAAAAGAUAUUGAAGAAAUUGAAGAGAUUGAUGAAGAAGGAAUUCCAAUAAUUGAUGUACCCGUAACAAAUAGUAUUUUUUAUAGAAACAAUAUAAAAUAA